AUGGUAAAGGAGCCUUUUACUUUGAAUCCGUAUCCAGGCCUCGUGCUCUCAGAAUCGGACCAAGCGGAACUGUUGCAACUGGAAAGUGACUUGAUCCUUGAAAUUUUUCCAAAGUAUGAAGCGUAUGUGGUUCAAGACAAGCAGCACGUAAAUAGCGUCCAAUGGAGACCGAUCGGCGACGACAAAAACUUGCACGUCUAUGUUGAGCGAGAAGGUUGGAAUGAUGAACCUGAGAAUAGUGAUCCGUCCACUCCAGAAUCUAAGGACAACUGGCAAAAGCAUAUGCCAGUCCUUCUCGUAGUGGGAACGUUUCAGGGAGAGAUGAACGACCUCAUGUUCGGCACUGUAAAUCCAAGUCAAGAUAUCAUGCGCAUCAAAGCCUCGUACGUAAAAGACUACAGCGAUGGCGCCGUCUUGGCCAACAUCGCGAUGCCAACUCCUGAAUACCCCUUCCGUUCAGUAUCCGUCAAAUGGACGCAGAUCAACCUGCCUCUUAAUCAAACUGGCCUGGUCCAAAACCGAGACUUCAUCUGCCUCGAGGCAACUGGAAUACUACGUUUCAAAAGUGGAGAACGUGUUGGCUACCAGCUGCUUCACUCGAUCGACUUUCCAAACACCCAGCCACUACCUGGAACGAUUCGUGCCAGACACAAGAUCAUUGGUUUCUACCGGCAAAUAAGUCGCAACGUUAUCGACACUUUUGCAUACGACACAGUGCACCCAGGUGGCAAGAUUUUUCGAUCUGUUGCUCUAGAAGCUUCUGCAAAGGCCCUACUUUCCACCACAAACUACGUGGUUUGUGGACAAGCCAAAAAAUUGACGUGGAAACUUCAGCAUCGACAUGCAGAGACGCGGCUGGAUCGGCACCGAAGUAGCGCUCGCAGUGGGCUCGUUGGUAAUAAUUUGUGUGGAGUGUGUGCGCGAAAUCUCGCGCCAAGACGCUUUGGACUUCCGCGGAUUGGCUCUCUUGGUAGAAGUGUUUGUAAGCUCUGUAUGAAUCCUGUGUGCCACAAGUGCAAACGACCCAAGGGAAUUAGCUUUCUCACUCCGGACGGAAAGCUUUUGCGUCGCAAAAUUACGUUCUGUGUCGUGUGUGUAAGCGAAGUCACGCAUAUGGAUGCAUUGCACGCUGCACAAGACCAAGCGGGAGGAUAUCUAGCUUAUAGCGUUAUGGCGUCCCUCUCUGGGUCUGAUAUCCUUUCGGACGACCUCAACGUCUGA